AUGCAGGAUGCCUGGGUCCAGGGCGCACUCAUCUUGAUCUUUGGCCUGCUUUCCAGUAUCCAACAAGUAAGCACCAACGAGGCUAUAAACACGUGUGGCAUCUUAAACUGUACCAAAGGAUUCAGAUGCUGUGACAAUGAAUGCUGCCCAGAAAGAAAGGUCUGGAAUCCUGCCAAUAAGCCCUUCAGGAUCGUGUUCAUCAAUGUAUGCAUCAUUUUACCCCUUUUGUGCAUUUGUGGCCUACUAAGGCACUUCUGUCCCAAUCAGGUUGUCCUGAAGCCAACUCCUACAGAGCCACCUCCUCCCUACAGCUUCAGGCCUAAGGGUCCUGCUAGCCAGAUGAGAAGGACUGGCUAUGCAACCCUUUCAGCUACUCCAUACACAAACCUCUUGGAUCAUGCCCAGGACCCUGAAAUGACUGCCUAUCCCAUCGUGUCUCUUGUCCUUUGA